AUGGCUCACGUUGACAAGAAACAAAAGCAAUCCAACUCUUUGGAACAGUUGAAGGCCACCGGCACUGUUGUGGUUUCCGACACUGGUGACUUCGAGUCCAUCGCCAAGUACACUCCACAGGACGCCACCACCAACCCAUCGUUGAUCCUGGCCGCUGCCCAGCAAAAGGCGUACGCCAAGCUGAUCGACACCGCCGUCGCUUACGGUAAGAAGCACGGUAAGACCCUCGAGGAACAGACCGACCAGGCCGUCGACAUGCUGCUGGUCGAGUUCGGCAAGGCCAUCUUGCAGAUCGUUCCUGGCAGAGUCUCCACUGAGGUCGACGCCAGAUUGUCUUUCGACAAGGACGCCACCGUGGCCAAGGCCCUCCACAUCAUCAGCCUGUACGAAGAUGCUGGCAUCAGCCGUGAGAGAGUCCUGAUCAAGAUCGCCUCCACCUGGGAGGGUAUCCAGGCCGCCAAGGAGCUAGAAGAGAAGCACAACAUCCACGUCAACUUGACCCUGUUGUUCUCUUUCUCCCAGGCUGUUGCCGCCGCCGAGGCUAACGUGACCUUGAUCUCGCCUUUCGUUGGCAGAAUCUUGGAUUGGUACAAGAACAACACCAAGGAGGAGUACACUUCCGAGACUGACCCAGGUGUCAAGUCUGUCAAGAAGAUCUACAAUUACUACAAGAAGCACGGCUACAAGACCAUCGUCAUGGGUGCUUCUUUCAGAAACGUCGGUGAGAUCAAGGCUCUUGCUGGUGUCGACUUCUUGACCAUCUCUCCUAAGCUGUUGGAGGAUUUGCUGAACUCCCAGGACCCUGUCCCACAAGUCUUGGACCCAGAGACCGCCAAGGCCGACGGCGACGAGAAGGUUUCUUUCAUCAACGACGAGAGCGCUUUCAGAUUCGACCUAAACGAAGACGCCAUGGCUACCGAGAAGCUAUCUGAGGGUAUUAGAAAGUUCUCUGCGGACAUCGUCACCUUGUUCAAGCUGAUCGAGGGCAAGAUCCAAGCCUAA